AUGACCGGAGCAGUUGAUAAAAGGGAUUGCUCUUUUACUCUGGUACUGACUGUGUGCUCUGCUGCUAUUGGAGGGACCUUUCAGUACGGCUACAACCUGGCCAUCGUCAACGCACCCACCGCUUACAUCCAAAAGUUCAUCAAUGAGACAUGUGUGGACAGGUGGGGCACAGCACUGGACUCCAACCAGGUGGUUCUCAUUUGGACUUUUAUCGUCUCUGCAUUUUCCCUUGGCGGACUGCUGGGGUCACUGCUGGCCGGUCCGAUGGCCAUCCGAUUCGGACGUCGACAAGCCCUGCUCCUGAAUAACUGCUUCCUCUUGGCGAGUGUCGUCCUAGCCCUGGGCAGCCGCUCCGCCAGAUCCUUCGAGAUGAUCAUGCUCGCUCGACUCCUCGUCGGUGUUAACGCAGGGGUGAGCAUGAACGUCCAGCCCAUGUAUUUCGGCGAGAGUGCUCCCAAGGCUCUGAGGGGCGCCGUCGCCUUUUCCUCCGCCGUGUUCACCGCGAUGGGAAUCGUCCUGGGCCAGGUGACCGGUCUGACCGAAAUCUUGGGGAGCGAAGGUGUCUGGCCGUACCUCCUAGCGAGUAACGCCAUACCCGGCCUGCUUCAGCUUCUCACUCUACCCUGGUUUCCGGAAAGCCCACGCUACCUGUUGAUCGACAGAGGGGACAAAGAGGCGUGCAGUCGCGCCCUCGUACGUCUCAGGGGCUGUGACGUGUCCAGCUCCGAGAUGGACGAGAUCCUAGAAGAACAGAAAGCCGCCGGCGAGGCGAGGGCUAAAUCGCCCUGGGAGCUACUGUCCGACCGGAGCCUGCGCAGACAGCUCUGCAUCGUCAUGGUAGCCAGCAGCUCUAUGAUGCUUUGCGGAAACGAUGCCAUCUAUUUCUACGCGUCGUACAUCUUCCAGGCGGCGGAUAUACCCACCGAUAAGAUGCAGUACGCUACCAUUGGAACAGGCGCUUGCGAGUUAAGCUCAGCCAUAAUAUCCAACUUGCUGAUCGAAAGAGUCGGGCGGCGCCCGCUCCUUGUCGGCGGGUACGCCCUCAUGGCUUGCUGGGCGGUCGUCUUCACCGUCUCUCUCUGCCUACAAAACCACGUCUCCGGCAUGCCCUACUUGAGCGUGGCAUGCGUCUUCGCGUACAUCUUGAGUUUCGGAAUGGGUCCCGCCGGGGUGACCGGUAUACUCCCCGCCGAGCUCUUCACCCAGAUGGCACGGCCCGCGGCCUACACGAUCGCCGGCUCCAUGAUGUGGCUCAACCUCUUCCUGAUGGGAAUGGUCUUCCCUUUUAUCGUCAACAGCCUGGGCCAGUUCUGUUUCGUCCCCUUCUGCGGAGUGUGCGCGGCGUCCUCCAUAUUCGUCGCCCUCGUCUUACCCGAGACCAAAGGGAAAACGGUGGCAGAAAUCGCCGCCGAGUUUGAGAAACGUAACAUCAAGGACUUGGAUGAAUCAGAGGACAGUUUACAUCUCAGCGAGACUCUUGCCAAAGUCGCAGUCUGACCAAAGUCGUAAUGUCGCAAUUUAUCUUUAUGACACUAUGAACUUUCAUAUCAUAAAAGAUUAGUUAAUAUGAAGCUGUGCUGAGUACAUUUUGUUAUAUAUAGUACAAUCAAAUCAUUUAAUUUAUGAAACCUUGGGCAGAACUAUUUAUUGGGGCUACAGAACUGCACUUUAAUAGGACUAUACACUGAUCAGCCAUAAUGUCCAUUUUAUCAGCUCCACUUACCAUAUAGAAGCACUGACUGUGUCCACUCACUGUCCACUCUAUUAGACACUCCUUGUAGAUGUAAAGUCAGAGAAGAUCGCUCAUCUAUUGCUCCUGUUUGACUUGGUCAUCUUCUAGACCGUCAUCAGUGGUCACAGGAUGCUGCCCAUGGGACGCUGUUGGUUUGGUGGAUUAUUCUCAGUCCAGCAGGGACAUCAGUAUUGCUGUGUCUUAUCGACUCAUACCAGCACAACACACACUAACACACCACCACCAUGUCAGUGUCAGUGCAGUGCUGAGAAUGACCCACCACCUAAAUAAAACCUGCUCUGUAGUGGUCCUGUGGGGGGUCCCGACCAUCGAAGAACAGCAAGGACUACAGUCAGUAAUUGUAGAACUACAAAGAGAACAAAGCGAGCCUCCCAGCAAAAUAAAGCCUAUCACGUAUGUAAACAGAGAGAUGUCGCCGGCUAGUGGACAUUUACUGAACUACUUAAUUUACUGGUCUUGGUACGUGUCUCGCUGAAAUUUUUAACAAUAUUUUUGGUUUUCCAUAUUUUGGCUGUUAAA